AUGGCGGAGGCGCUGAGGCGGGUGCUGGACGCAGGCAGUGCAGGGAGGCCCGAGGGGAAUGGAGCUAGCGGGCCACCGUUGCUGCUGCUCGGCGCUCCGCGUUCCGCGCAGACGUCGCUGCUGUUUGCAGCCGCCCUUGAGGCGGCAGGGGAAGGCCGCGGGCCUGUCCUCUUCCUGACACGAAGGCCACUUCAGAGCCUGCCGCUCAAUACACCCGCAGCGCGGGAACCCUUGCGGCUCCAGAAGGUUCGAUUCCAGUACCCAUCCUCAGUUCCAGAGCUUCUCCAGCUGCUAGCCUCUGCCCAUGAGGCCCCAGGGCCUGCCCCCUCCCUUCUACUGCUGGACGGCCUGGAAGACUAUCUAGCGGAGGACUCAGGGGCCCAGGAAGCCGCCUACUUGGCUGCAUUGCUUCUGGAUACUGUUGCCUACUUUAGCCACCAUCUUGGAGCCAGUGGCAGCUGCGGGCUUGUGGUGGCCCUUGAGACCCAAAAAGAAGCAGAGGGUGAUGUCCCACAUCUGACAUUGCUUCAACGGUAUUUUCCUGCACAGUGCUGGCUGCAGCCAGAUGCCCUAGGCUUGGGACAGCAGUACUGCCUUCGAGCCAGCCUGGAGUCGGGCCCGCUGAGCCCCAGGAUGGAGUGGUCAGUGACUUUCUUACUCAGUGGAGAGAUGAAGAUCACCCCAUGGCCUACCCAGGCUUCUAAGCCCUGUUCCGAUAGAGAAGGUUCAAGUUCUAGAAGUCAGUCAUUAACUUUGGCAUGUGACAACCUCUCUGGUCCUCAGUGUCCCUUGGAUAGAACACUUACUUCAGGGACAGGUGCAGAGUCAAAGGCCUAAACAGUGUAGGUUUUACAGCAUUGUUGAGAGCCGGUGAGAUGGCUCAGUAGGGAAGGGAGCUUGCCAACUUGCAUGAUGGCCUGACUUUGAUUCCUGGGACCCACAUGGCUGGAAUCUAGCUGACUCCUGCAGGUUGUCUUCUGACCUCCACUUCUGACACACGCCCUCCACACUAAUAAUAAUAAAUAAA